AUGGCAGCAGGGCCGCUGGAGCUGUGGAACCACCAGUCGAUGCAGAUCCUGGUCCUCCUCAGCUUCGGGCUCCAACUCGUCCUCUUUUUCUUCGCCGGUGUCCGCCGGCGUGAGGCCCUCCUGCCGAGGCUCCUCCUGUGGCUAGCGUACAUCAUGGCCGACUCCACCGCCGUGUACGCCGUCGGCCACAUGGCGUUCAGAAGCGUCGUGCGGCCCGUGCGUGAGCACCAGCUGGUUGCGUUCUGGGCGCCGUUCCUGCUGCUGCACCUGGGCGGCCCGGAUAACAUCACCGCCUACGCGUUUCAGGACAACCAGCUCUGGCUCCGUCACCUCCAGAUCCUCGUCGUGCAGGUCCUCGGAGCGGCCUACGUCCUCUACAAGCACAUCGCCUUCGCCGGCGGCGGCCAGGACGGGAAGCUGCUCCGGAUCGCCUCGUAUUUGAUGUUCAUCGUCGGCGUUGUCAAGUACGGGGAGAGGACGUGGGCGCUCAAGUGCAGCACCCUGGAGAGCAUCGGCGCCUCCAUGGAGACGCAACCGCCGGCCUUCCACAACCAUUUCCACCCUCAGGACAAAGCCACGGACGGGGAGUUCCACCUGCGACGAGCUCACAAGAUGUUCCACCUCUCCAAGUUCACCAUCGUCGAUUCCGGCUCGGUGGUCGAGGAGGGCUCCAUGAACAGACACGGACUGGACGUGUCCAUCGGCAAGCUGUUACAUGGCGUCGAGCUGUGGACCCUGAUAGAGAUCCAGCUCUCCCUCAUAUACGACGUGCUUUACACCAAGGCGGCCGUGGUCCACACCUUCUCCGGCUACCUGGUCCGCGUCGUCUCGCCCCUUACCGUCACCACCUCGCUGCUGCUGUUCCAGUUCACCUCCAAGGACGGUCACAGCACAACCGACGUCGCCAUCACAUACGUCUUGCUGGGUGGCGCCGUGCUCAUGGAGACGACGUCGCUCCUGAAUGCGUUGGCAUCAUCCUGGACGUUCGCGUUCCUGAGCGUCACUAGAUGGCGAUGGCUUCGCUACACAACCCUGUGCAACGAGAGAUGGGACAGAUUCCGGCGCGCCGUCAUGUGGCUUCACCGUCUCGUCAAGCGAGGGGCUGGCGGUGACAGUUGGUACAAGUCAAGAAGGUGGUCAAACUCCAUCGGGCAGUACAACUUGUUGCACUUCUGCACACGCCCCGCUGACGCACCGCUCACCAGCCCUCUGCUGGGUAGGCUGGCUAGGGCGCUGGGACUCAACAAGUGGUGGAACAGGAAGCACUACUCAGGGACCGCCGAGAUAACCGAUCCGAUCAGGCGUCAUAUCUCGGUGUACAUGAGCCGGCUGUACAGCAAGGGGAAGUUCAACACUGGCAUGCUGAGGAAGAAGUGGGGUCAGGACCCGCUGGAACGCCGCGGGCUUUACCAUGGAGGCGUCCUCAAGGACUCCCUCGGCGUCGAGUUCCUGGAGGGCAUCAUCAUCUGGCACAUUGCCACCGAGAUCUUCCUCACCAAGAGCGAGAGAGCCAAGUCUGUGGAAGCUGCGCCUGACGUGCACACCAUUAGAGUCAUGUCCGACUACAUGAUGUUCCUCGUGUUGGAAUGUCCCUACAUGCUGCCAGGCAUGCCCCAAAAAAGGUUGUACCACCGGGCCUUGGAGAGGCUGGUCACCAUGCGAUCCGCUGAUCCUAGGUACCCGAGCCGUGCACGCGUCAUCAAGGAUUUGUUUCGGAUGCGCGAUGCCCCAAACUCCAGCAUUUCUAGGGUUGCCGAGAGGGAGGAGCUCGCCAACAACUUGUAUGAUGAAUACGAGGACCGGGAGUUCAGCCACCUUGCUCCUCGUCUCACUCACAUGGCUCGACUCGCCAAGGAGCUGCUGGAGAAGGAGAAGGAUGGCACGACCGACUCCUUGGGGCUUGUCCUUGACGUGUGGAUGGACAUUCUCGUCUACGGGAGCACCAAGUGCAGCAGAGAGUUCCAUGUCCAGAAGCUCAACAGUGGUGGGGAGCUGAUCACCAUCGUGUGGCUUAUGGCAGAAUACAUCUACCAUGCAUCGCUUGUCCAAACAGAUGAUGUAGUAUAA